AUGGCGCAAAUAUUGAAGAAUGUGUGGAGGAAUGUAUUAAGUGGCAGCUCUCUUGGCAAAACUUCAUUCAAAUCUGCAAGUUUCACAACAAGCUUGUCUGAGGUUACACGAGUUCGGACACAAGACGUUAUAAUGGCUAGCAUUAAGGCAGCACCAACACCAGAGAAUAUAUUGGCCACAGUCCAACAACACUUGCCAGUGAUGACUCACAAACAUCUGUUGCAAGCUCUGCGCAGUCUUUUUGAGCUGCAGAAGUCUGGCAAAUUCGACCACAGCGAGAGCCUAAUAAAGGACCCGGCUUUUGGAGUUCUCUGUCAAAACUUCAAGAAACACGCACGCGCUCUCGACGUGAACGAGGCCGUGGAGGCGGUCAAAGUGCUGUCCUACCUGAAAGUCCCCUCCGACUCGUUGAUUGUGCAAACCAUGCUGCAGCUAAUACGCUCCGACAUAAAUUUGCUCAACAUACGCCAGAUCAUGUUCCUAGACUUUGUGCUGGACCGCUUCGACAGCAAGAACCACUUGGUGGACGUCCUCAAGCUGGCGCUGCCCCUCGCAUUCCAGAUUCAUCUGCCGUUGGAGCUGGACAACGAUGACCUCCCGCUGCUCAAGGACAUGCUCACCUACUGCUGCCACCACGACCUGCCCGAUCGCUGCGUGAACAAUGUCGUCACAGGUCUCCUCCUGCACGACCAGGCAAUAGACGCGCAGACAGCAAAGUCCAUAGUGUGGUCUCUCUGCCAGAUCAACUGCACCGAGCAGCUGUUCCCCACCAGGCUGCAGCUGCUGCACAUUUGCUUCGACAUCCUGUCGCAGCGGAUCGACGAGUUGCCCUACAGCGACGUGCUGAGGACCAUCGCCAAGGUCAAGGGUCGGGUGCUGGAGAAGCACCCGGAGUACUACCACGAGCUGCUCCUGGACUCCGCGGCCGAUUACGUGAUCAGGAAUAAUGUUGACUUUGACAACGCACUACUGGUUGCCCGGGUGCUGUCUAGAGUUGCUCACACCCACCUCGGCCUCAUGGAGUACCUAUGCAACUUAGCGACCAGAAGCCCCAACCACCUCGCCGGCGUCCGCACCAACAUCUUGUUCAGCUUCAUCAACUGCCUCUCGAACAACAACUACACACCAGACGGGGAUAAAUGGGAGACAAUAAGGCGGGACCUCUCGGAGAACCCGAUCCUGAAGGCCACAAACGCGGCGCUGCCCUGGACGAAGGUCUGCCUGGAGCUCGCCUCCCUCGGCCACUACGAGGACAAACUGCUGAACAGGAUCUUCUCCGAGGAGUUCCUCGAGGACUACCUCUCCAGGGAGAAGAACGUGCUGGAUCUCCUCCAGCUGUUGACCCUACACGAGGCCGUGAACGCUUUCCACAGCACGGAGUACAAGCUACCCGCGCGGGUCCUGGAGAAGGCGAAGGCCGCUUACCCAGUCCACGCAAUAACGGACCACGUCAGAGAGUGCAUGGCCAGGGCCAUAGGCGGCGAGGAGUACGUCGCCAAGAAUGUGGUGUUACCCAGCGGCGUAGUAGCAGAUUUAUUUAUGUCCUUAAAAAAUGGCAACCCAGUGCAACUGCCCAAAUUGGCGUUGGAAGGAGGCAGAAUACCAAUAGAAGAAAUAAAGCUACCAUCGGGAUCAAUGCCGGUCUGCAUACUGAUCUUCAACCAGGGCUGCUACUCGAUGAACAGCAACCGCCUGCGGGGCGCGUUCCGGCUGGUGCUAGAUACCCUGGAGCGGCAGGGCUUCGCCGCGGUGCCCCUGAACGUCACCGAGUGGCUGAAAGCGCCCCCUCACGAGCGAGUGCCUUACCUACUGAGGGAGUCUAAAUAUGGAUACGUAUCGUGGAUUAAUAAGAAACCAGUAUUCAAAGAGAGUAAUUCGCCGUCAGAUAUCCCAUCUUUACAUGUAGCUCGUGCUACUUACAAAAAUGAAAUUAAUCAAACUGGAUGGGCUUUUUUGGAAGUUCACACAUCACAAGAUUGCAGUGAUGAAAAGCAGGCCUUUGCAGCUGGCUUUAUUGAGGGUUUUCUAACGAGAGACUUGAUAUGGAUGCAUUGGCAGAAUAUGCUCAAAGGAUAUUGUUACAACAAAACAGUAUUGUGCGGACUAAUUGAAGAGUUCCUUGACAAAAAUGAAGAAUACAUUGCCAGGAUGGUAAAGGACAACCAAUUAGAUCCUUACUGGUAUCAAGUGAAGUUGUACUACAUCCAGCUCGAGGGGCUGGCAAUGGGCUACAAUGAUGCAACAACAGAGCCUUACCAAUGGCUAACUGUGCGCGAUAUAAUCUGGAUCAACAUGCUGGGCGACUUGGAUGACUUGGCGUAUGCCCUGUCCGUGUCCAAGGAUUUCCCCGACGACCUGCUGUUCGGCGCGCACUGCACGGGGCUGGUGAAGCUACUCCCGGACCUCAGCGACCUGUACACCGGCCACACCACUUGGAACAGUUACCAGUCUAUGUUGCGGAUCCAGAAGAUGUAUGUCCUCCAUUUCAAGACAAGCUCGAAUGCCAAAAUUAGGAUACCCGGCUAUAAGAUGUCCUUCUCAUCCUAUCCAGGCUUCGUGCAGUCCACAGACGACUUCUACAUCGUGUCCUCGGGCCUGGUGGUGGCCGAGACCACGAUCAGCAACAGCAACAGUACCCUGUUCAAGCUCAUCAGCCCCGAGGGAUCGGUGAUGGAGUACAUACGAGGGAUGGUCGCCUGCCGGCUCGCGUCGGAUGGUCACCAGUGGACCAGGAUAUUCCGGGAGCACAACAGUGGCACGUACAACAACCAGUGGUUCAUCGUGGACUACAACAAGUUCACGCCCCGUACGAACACCACCCGCGGUGCGGUGAAAAAUGGUCUACUGUGGGUCAUCGAACAGCUGCCUGGAUUCACGGAGUCUUCGGAUCUGACCGACCAGCUCGUCGCCAACACAUACUUCCCGGCGUACAACAUCCCCUAUUUCCCCGCGAUCUUCAACAUGAGCGGUGGAAACGAGCGCGUGCGCAUCUACGGCGACUGGUUCGGCUACGGGACCAACCCACGCGCUAAGAUCCUGAAGAAGAUGCAGGCGAAGAUCGGCAACCUGCGCGACAUGUACAAGACGAUGCGAUACAACGACUUCAAACACGACCCCCUCGCGCGCUGUGAACAAUGCUCGCCCCCCUACAGCGCCUGCAACGCGAUCGCCGCGCGGAACGACCUGAACCCGGCGAACGGUUCGUACCCAUUCCGCGCGCUGGGCCACCGCAGCCACGGCGGCACCGACACCAAGGUCACCAGCGCUCAUCUUCGCCAUGACUACCAGUUCGUCUCCGUGUCGGGGCCGACGCACAACAUAUCCAGGGGCAUACCGCCCUUUGUGUGGAGUGAAUUCGAUAUGGGACCCCAUGUAAUGCAUAUAGGUCAUCCAGACCUCUGGAUGUUCGCGCCUAUAGUGCACCGCUGGGAAUGGCAG